AUGAGAAACAAUGUCAAAACAAAUGAUCAUCAAAAUACAAUCUCUUUAUUGCUAAUCUUAUUAUUCAUCACCCCAUUUACUGAGAAAUCUCUAGCGUACGCCUCAUCCAUCACGGGCCGGAUCUCAAGAAGGCCCGACCCUCUACGGAAGUUCAGACAUUACGAUGGAGAUUAUGAUAUUAGCAGCAAACAUUAUUGGGCCUCUACGGCAUUUACAGGAAUUCAUGGUUACGCAGUGGCAGGGAUUUGGUUAUUGUGCGGUCUCGGCCUUGUGCUUUUUAUUGUUAUAAAGAGUAUCAAACGAAGCCCAUCAACAAUUAUGGAUCAUUCAAGUUCCUCAAACCUUAUCGUACUCUUGUUGCUUCUUGUAAUUACUAGUUUUGCCAUAGUUGCAAGCGGUUUAACAAUUGCCGAAAACCAGAAGACACUAAAGAAGGCUCAAAAGCUUGAAGAAACUAUACGUGAUGCGGGAAAUGAAGCUUCAAAUAGCAUAGGCAGAGUUAAAGCCGCCAUGCUACGAAUGCAGGCUUUGCUGCAACCAUACAACUCGGAUAUUUGCAACCAGCUCAACUUGACCACACACCGCCUAAGGAAAACAUCACUAAGCAUACAGAGUUUUAUCCGAAAUAACUUGAAAACAUGGGACCAAGCCAUUCAAACGUUAUACGUGAUGAAUCUUGUGGUCGUUUCGGUCGACUUGGUAUUGUUGGUUGCUGGAUUAGUUCUGCUCCGUUUCCAAUUUCGUCCUGGUAUUAAUGUCUUAAUCUUUACCUGCUGGAUUCUAACAACUCUAGGUUGGAUUCUAACCGGCGUCGAUUUCUUGUUUCACACUUUUAUUGGGGAUACUUGUUUGGUGUUGAAGAAUUACGAAAUCGACCCUCAAACGAACAGCCUGGGCAACAUGCUUCCCUGCCCGAAAUCCACGGACUCUGUCCAAACCUUAGAGAAGAUUAUUGACAACAUUCAUGCUUUUAUAAAUGAGAUAAACUGGAAGAUUCGAGAAGUUAUUGAAUCAAAUGAACAAUAUGAAGGCAUUCCGGUCGUGGAAGUUUGCGAUCCGUUCUCUACUUCAAUAAAUGAUAGUUUUUCACUUCAAAGUUGUGCAGAAAAUUCUAUCCCAAUUGGAGAUUUACCUAGAGUUCUAUCAAUAUUCGUAUGCUAUGAAGCGAAUAAUACCUCCGGAAAUUGUCAAGAAGAAGGGAGAUUUCUCCCUGAAUCCAUGUACACGGUAUCUUUGGCAUAUAGCCAAUCAAUGCAGGAUUUUAUAAAUAUAUAUCCCGAUUUAUCGAGCCUAAUGAAAUGCACGUCCAUCAAAGAAGCAUUUUCUGAGAUUGUGACGCGCCAAUGUAGGCCAAUCGAGCUAUCAACACGAGGGUUGUGGGCAUCCAUGCUGGCCCUUUCAGUUGUUAUGGUGGUUUUGGUAUUGCUUUGGAUUUACAGGACAAAUCAGGGUAAUGGGCUAUGCUUGUGUUGGUAGGUGAUCCAUUUUCUUAGUUAAGUGUGUCUGAAUAUAUAUGUUGUU